UCGACCACACGCGACGUCGCCUUCACCCGAAGGGACGAUGAUGAGAGGUGGACACCGAGCCCUAAUCUCAUCUCGAUCCGAUCCCCGCCGCUUCCGACGCAGCGCCGCCGCUUCGCCUCCGCCAUGGCCUCCGCUUACAAGCCGGAGGAGGCUAGGGUUCCCCCCGCGAUUCAGCUCCCCACUCCCCCUGUGUCGAAGUUCAAGAUCGCGCUUUGCCAAUUGUCGGUGACGGCGGAUAAGGAGAGGAACAUCGCGCAUGCUCGGCGUGCGAUCGAGGAGGCCGCUGGGAAGGGCGCAAAGCUUGUUCUCUUGCCGGAAAUAUGGAAUAGUCCAUAUUCGAAUGAUAGCUUUCCAGUGUAUGCCGAGGAUAUUGAAGCUGGUGGUGAUGCAGCUCCGUCAUUCUCCAUGCUCUCUGAAGCUGCUUGCAGUCUGGGUAUUACUAUUGUCGGUGGAUCAAUACCCGAACGCUCUGGUGAUCGUCUAUACAAUACAUGCUGUGUCUUUGGCACAGAUGGCAAGCUCAAGGGAAAACACAGAAAGAUACAUCUUUUUGACAUUGAUAUUCCGGGGAAGAUUACAUUCAAGGAAUCAAAGACUCUUACAGCUGGACAGCAUCCUACAAUCGUAGACACAGAUGUAGGCCGCAUUGGUAUAGGUAUCUGCUAUGACAUCCGUUUCCAGGAGUUGGCAAUGUUGUAUGCAGCAAGAGUUGCAUACGACAGCAACCAUUCACUCAUCGCUGGAAGAAACAUGUUGAUUGCAGGUGCUCAUUUGCUAUGCUAUCCUGGGGCAUUCAACAUGACUACUGGUCCUCUGCAUUGGGAGUUGUUGCAGAGGGCAAGGGCUGCUGAUAAUCAGUUAUAUGUGGCGACUUGUUCCCCUGCUCGAGAUACUGGCUCUAGUUACAUUGCUUGGGGCCAUUCCACCCUUGUUGGACCUUUUGGAGAGGUGAUUGCGACUACCGAGCACGAGGAAGCAAUCCUUAUAGAGGAAAUUGACUAUUCGCUACUUGAGCUCAGAAGGACCAACCUUCCCCUGGAGAAGCAACGACGAGGCGAUCUGUAUCAGUUGGUAGAUGUGCAGAGAUUGAGCUCUCAGCAGUAAGAUGGACUCUGCGCCGCUGUUUUCUGCUCAACUACGCAAUAAUUCUACAUGGUGUUGUCGGUGCUUUUAGGAAAUGAACUUGCAAUGAGCUGUACAUGUAGACUUCCUGUAGCAUUGACAAUGUGGAGUCCAUUUACUUUUUCUUUAGAAGGGACAGAAGUAUUUAAACCUGCUCCUUCGCAAAUGGAAUUGUUAUUUAGAUCGGCGAAUUCGGAGAUCGCAUUCCCUUGGCGAGGGUUCUUGAAAUGUACUUAAAGAUGUUAUUGUGUCUUAAUAAUUUAUGACAAUGCUUAAACAAAAGCCACUUGCUAUACUUCGUCA